AUGGCUCAGCCCGGGGGGACUCGAGUCCCGGUGGCCGCCGCCGCUGCCCCACCAGUCCGGGCCAAGCUGACGCACCCGGGAAAGGCCAUUUUGGCAGGUGAGGCGGCGCUGACUGCGGCGGCAGCCCCGCGUUCGGUUCCCCUCAGCCGACAUCUCUCGAGCGGCCGGGCGCAGCAAACCGCAGCUCGCAAUCAGGCCAUCUGCAUCACUUUCCCCACGGAAUAUGUCAAGAUGCAGCUGCAGCUGGACGAAAGGGCCAACCCCCCACGCUACAGGAGUAUUGCCUUCCCUUCCAAGGGCUUUCCACUAGGUGGCGGUUUGGGGCUGGGGUCUGCUUGCUUGGUGGCAGGAGGUUAUGCUGACCCUCGAUUUGGCGUCUUUGAGUUCCUCAGCAAUUAUGCCAAGGACUCGACAGGCAAACUGGACAGCAGGAAGAGCUUGCUCUGUGGCCUUGGGGCGGGCAUGGUGGAGGCCGUGGUGGUGGUCUGUCCCAUGGAGACCAUCAAGGUGAAGUUUAUUCAUGAUCAGGGAUCCGUGUCUCCCAAAUACAGAGGCUUUUCCCACGGUGUCCGUGAAAUUGUGCGGGAGCAAGGUCUGCGGGGGACCUAUCAGGGCCUCACCACCACCGUCCUCAAGCAAGGCUCCAACCAGGCCAUCCGGUUCUUCGUGAUGACCUCUUUCCGCAACUGGUAUUUAGGGGACAACCCCCACCGAGAGAUGAAUCCAUUUGUGACGGCUGCUUUUGGGGCGACCGCAGGAGCCGCCAGUGUCUUCGGCAACACGCCCCUGGAUGUCAUCAAGACCAGGAUGCAGGGAUUGGAAGCCCACAAGUUCAGAAGCACGCUGGAUUGUGCCUACCAGAUCCUGAACAACGAAGGCCCUGCUGCAUUCUACAAAGGGACUGUCCCUCGCCUGGGCCGGGUGUGCCUGGAUGUGGCCAUUGUGUUUGUGAUUUACGAAGAGGUGGUGAAACUUCUCAACGGGGUCUGGAAAACCGCUUGAGGCUUUUGCCCCUAGAAGGAUCUUUCAGGGCCGUUGGGGGUCAUGUCCAUCUAGUCCCCCCCACCGCCCCCACAAACACUACUGUGAAUGCUUUGUGGGGUCAAAGAUCAAGUGAUGGUUUGGUGACUUCUCACCUGGUCUAGGACAUCUGUGCUUACAGGAGCUCAAACCUGCAUGAAGGAAUAGUGUGUUGCUUCUCACUUCCGCUGAGGAGGGCGCUGUGCCCAAGGUUCAUUCUCUUAUCACCCACACAUUUCUGGGCACGCUCUGCUGUGGUCCGUCCUGGUUUAAGCUCCAACGCUGCGUUGCUUUAUUUAACAAGAAGCGUGACUUGCAUCCAUUUUAGAGUCUUGCUGGGACUGAUUCGGCACAAACCUGGUGCCCGGUCGCCGAUUUCCUCCCAAGAAGCUAGAUGAGGAAACCUCUGCUUAGUCUUUUGUGGCCGUCUAAUAGCUGCCUUAGUGUGUGGGGCAGCUGGACGUGUCCGUGGGAGUCAUCUUGAGCCAAGAAUCAAGGCUUUGGGGCAGCUGCAGCCCCGCCCCAAAUGGACGUUUGGGCUUUGGUGCUGAAAAUCUGACCACAAACCCAGUUCAUUCUUAAGCCAGUUUCAUUCCUCUUCUGGCUCCCAGCUAAGGGACCACCAAGUGAGGCUCUGGCCAUUCUGUGGGGCUCUGGGUCAGAGAUGAUCAACGUUGGGCCCCCAGAUGUUAUUGGACAACAACUCCCAUAAUCCCCAGCCCCAGUGGCCUUUGGCUUGGGCUUAUGGGAGUUGAAGUCCAAAAACAUCUGGGGACCCGACGUUGAGAAUCCCUGCUCUAGGUUGUCUGUUGGAAAAGCCGCAGCCAACUGGUUUCAAGCCAGUCUGUUGCCACGCUCGCUAACUGGGUGGGACCCAGUUUCAGAAGGUGUGUGUGCUCCCAGUUUUCAACUCUGUGAGUAAAAAAGCAAGGUAGGGGCCUGAGCAUCGGCUGAGCCUCAGCUGGGUAGCAGUUUCUCCUCCUACCUUGUUCAAAUACUGGGGACCAAAUCCGGGUCGGGUGCGCCCAACAGACGGCCAUGCUCCCUGCCUCCCACCUAGGUUUUUACACGCAUGCGGCCGGAAACCAGGAGUGCACGCAGUUCCCGAAGCUGGGGAGGAUACUUGUCUUCUCCAGUCAAUGACUGUGAGAACAAGCUCUCUGGGGACGGCCCUCUGCCCCACAGAAGAGGACAGGCACCAGGAGGAAUCUCCCCAAAGCGUGUUCGUUUCCAGGCAGGUUGGAUAUUAAAGUUGA